AUGCGCACAAGUGCAAUUAUCGCAUCGACAAUCAUAGCUAUCGUCGCUCUCGUCGCCACAACCUGGAUCAUUGGCGUCAAACUCGCCGAGCCCUUCGGUGUCAUCCUGUUCAAUGCGUGCGCCAGCCUCGGCACCGCGCUCGAUGACCAAGAAGCCUCGAGCGCUCAUAAAAACGAAUCCGUCAAGACAUCUCAGCGCGAAAAUCGCAAGAAACUCGAAAGACUGCUCUCUGGUGCCGUUGCAAUGUUUCUUGUGUUUUGCACAGUCGUUUUUGAGCAGGCACUAGCAAGUGUGGGAGUCAAUUAUAUCAGCUUGUGGGACUACUGUAUCUUGGUGCUCAAGGGAAUAUUUGAGGCCUUUGUUGCUUUGGGCAUGCUCAGACUGGCGCUCGCUGCAGCUCGGAGACUGUUGUCAAACUGA